AUGUCCUUCUUCAAUUUCCGUAAGAUCUUCAAGUUGGGCAGCGAGAAGAAGAAAAAGCAGUACGAGCACGUGAAGAGGGACCUGAACCCCGAGGAGUUUUGGGAAAUUAUCGGCGAGCUGGGCGACGGCGCCUUCGGGAAGGUGUACAAGGCUCAGAAUAAAGAGACCAAUGUUUUAGCUGCUGCGAAGGUGAUUGACACCAAGUCAGAAGAAGAACUUGAAGACUACAUGGUUGAAAUUGAUAUAUUAGCAUCUUGUGAUCACCCAAAUAUAGUCAAGCUGCUAGAUGCCUUCUAUUAUGAGAACAAUCUCUGGAUCCUCAUUGAAUUUUGUGCCGGGGGAGCAGUGGACGCUGUGAUGCUUGAACUCGAGAGACCGUUAACUGAGUCACAAAUACAAGUAGUUUGCAAACAGACUUUAGAGGCAUUAAACUACCUACAUGAUAAUAAAAUCAUCCAUAGAGAUCUGAAGGCGGGCAACAUUCUUUUUACUUUAGAUGGAGAUAUUAAAUUGGCGGAUUUUGGAGUAUCAGCUAAAAACACAAGGACAAUUCAAAGGAGAGAUUCCUUCAUUGGUACACCCUAUUGGAUGGCUCCUGAAGUAGUCAUGUGUGAAACAUCGAAGGACAGACCCUAUGAUUACAAAGCUGACGUUUGGUCUCUGGGUGUUACUUUGAUAGAAAUGGCUGAGAUAGAACCACCUCAUCAUGAAUUAAAUCCAAUGCGGGUGCUGCUAAAAAUAGCAAAAUCUGAGCCCCCUACAUUAGCACAGCCAUCAAGAUGGUCUUCAAAUUUUAAGGACUUUCUAAAGAAAUGCCUGGAAAAGAAUGUCGAUGCCAGGUGGAACACAUCUCAGUUGUUGCAGCCAAUACCUGCGAGUAAGCGUGCCUCUUCUGACCUUAGCAUUGCCAGCUCUGAAGAAGAUAAACUUUCACAAAAUGCUUGCAUUUUGGAAUCUGUCUCAGAAAAAACAGAACGAAAUGUUUCUGAAGAGAAAUUUAGUAGCAAAGUACUUGAUGAAAAACCCACCACUGAUCAGCCUGAGAAAGCAGUAGAGGACAUUUGUGAACAUGUUAAUGAUGCUCAUCCAGAAGGUCCGACUGCACUCCAAAGCAGAGCAACACUAAUCGAGGAGGAUGGGAGAGAGGAAAAGAGACCCAGGCUUGACACAGAAGGCCAAGAAGCUGUGGAUAUCAAUUCAGCCAGUGGAGAAAAAGAGAAGAAUGCAAUGCCUUUAGAAACAAAUAUUGAACAUAAUCUGAAACCCGAGAAAGAGAGAGGUCAGGAAAAGCCAUCAACAUUUGAAAAUCGUCUUAUGAAACCUGAGGAAAUUAAAGAUACCACCAUGCAGACAAUGGAUUUAGUUUCUCAAGAGACUGGUGAAAAAGAAGCAGAUAACCAAGCAGUUGACAAUGAAGUUAAACUCACAAAGGAAGAUAUGGAAGAGAAACUGGGCAGAGAUGACAAAACGUACCAAGAAGAUGUGAUCGAUGAGAUAAGCAAUGUGGUAUCAACUAAUGAGGUGGUAGAUGUUUCAACUCAGGAGACAGUUGAAAAAAAAAUUGAGCAUGGCCAGAUAAAUGAUGGUAAUGAAGCGGUUGAAGUAGAUGAGAAACUAGUGACGUUUCCCCAGGUCUCUGCUGCUGAGGAGGUGCCUCUGGGAGAAACAGUUGAAACUAAUAAGGUAGAUGAACAAUCAUUAGAAGGUCCGAACAAGGAACAAUUAGCCAACAGUUCAAAGACUGUAUUGGAGACCAAUGAGGAGCCAGGGGCAAAUGAAGUUGUGGAAAUUACAGAGCCAAGAAGCACUGAAGAGACAGAAGUCAACAGUGCAGUAAUUCAGAAUGACCAGGAGACGAUAGGAAGUGAAACUGAGGAUGCUCAGAAAGCUGCCCCUCAGAUAGAUACGAAGCAAAAGGAAACUCCUGGUGAAGUGCCAAUUAAAUUAGAACCACAAGUUACUGCCGCAUCACAGCCCAAUGAACCUCAACCAGUUCCAAUACCCAGCAUUAAUAUCAACUCUGAAGAUGCGGACCAUAAAGGAGAAGUGGAGGCCUUAUCCAAAACAGAAACUGCGAUGCUACCAGAACCUGAGAAUCAAAAGGAAAAUGAUACUGACUCAGGCACUGGUUCCACUGCUGAUAAUAGCAGUAUUGACUUGAAUUUGUCCAUCUCCAGUUUUCUGAGCAAAACUAAAGACAGUGGGUCCAUGUCUUUACAAGAAACAAGAAGACAAAAGAAAACACUGAAGAAAACCCGCAAAUUUGUCGUGGAUGGUGUAGAAGUGAGUGUAACAACAUCAAAGAUAGUUACAGAUAGUGACUCCAAAACCGAGGACCUGCGCUUUCUUAGACGUCAGGAACUCCGGGAGCUGAGACUCCUUCAAAAAGAAGAGCAGAGAGCGCAGCAGCAGCUCAACAGUAAACUACACCAGCAACGAGAGCAAAUUUUCCGGCGCUUUGAGCAAGAAAUGAUGAGUAAAAAGCGACAGUAUGACCAAGAAAUUGAGAAUCUAGAAAAACAGCAGAAACAGACAAUUGAACGACUAGAGCAAGAACACACAAAUCGCUUGCGAGAUGAAGCCAAACGCAUUAAAGGAGAACAAGAGAAGGAGCUGUCCAAAUUUCAGAACAUGUUAAAGAACCGAAAGAAGGAGGUUAUAAAUGAAGUGGAGAAAGCACCCAAAGAGCUGAGAAAAGAGCUCAUGAAACGCAGGAAAGAGGAGCUUGCACAAAGCCAGCAUGCUCAGGAACAAGAGUUUGUUCAGAAGCAACAACAAGAAUUGGAUGGCUCGUUGAAAAAGAUCAUCCAACAACAGAAGGCAGAGUUAGCCAAUAUUGAAAGAGAGUGCUUGAAUAACAAACAACAGCUCAUGAGAGCACGAGAAGCUGCAACUUGGGAGCUGGAAGAAAGACACUUACAGGAAAAGCACCAGAUGCUCAAACAGCAGCUUAAGGAUCAGUAUUUCAUGCAGAGACAUCAACUGCUUAAGCGCCACGAGAAGGAAACAGAACAAAUGCAGCGUUACAAUCAACGACUUAUUGAGGAAUUGAAAAAUAGACAGACUCAAGAAAGAGCAAGACUUCCCAAGAUUCAGCGCAGUGAAGCCAAGACUCGAAUGGCCAUGUUUAAGAAAAGUUUGAGAAUCAACUCAACAGCCACACCUGAUCAGGACCGUGAGAAAAUUAAACAGUUUGCGGCUCAAGAAGAAAAGAGGCAGAAAAAUGAGAGAAUGGCUCAGCAUCAAAAGCAUGAAAAUCAGAUGCGGGAUCUCCAGCUACAGUGUGAAGCUAAUGUUCGAGAACUGCAUCAGCUGCAGAAUGAAAAAUGUCACCUAUUAGUUGAGCACGAGACCCAGAAACUAAAGGAGUUAGAUGAGGAACACAGCCAAGAGUUAAAGGAAUGGAGAGAGAAGUUGAGACCUCGGAAGAAGACACUGGAAGAAGAGUUUGCCAGGAAAUUGCAGGAACAGGAAGUGUUCUUCAAGAUGACCGGGGAAUCUGAAUGCCUUAACCCUUCUACACAGAGCCGGAUUUCCAAAUUCUAUCCUAUCCCUAGCUUGCAUUCCACUGGGUCAUAACAAUGGGGAGCUUCUGUGAUUGGGUUUGGCUUUUUAAAAGGUGUCAUUCUCUUCUCUUCAUCUUCUGCCACAGUCUUAUGUCAGAUAGCUCAUGGAGACAAUCACCUGCCUCACCUUCAGGGUGUUUUUCAUUUGUUUGUUUGUUUGUUUUAAAGCAGAGAUGAAGGGAAAGGAACUAAGACAGAUGCUGGGCCAUGUUGGCAGUGUGGCAUCUUGCAGUAAUUCCCUAAGGUGAUUCUGUAUAGUAACCUGGAAACUUUUGUUCUAUAGACACUGUUACUUGAGAAAUUAUCUGAGAAAUAAUAUUUAAGGUUGUGGAAAAAAACCCCAAACAACCAAAAAAACCCAACUGUUACAUCACUUAGUAUCAAUAAAAGAUCUUUUUACCCGACCUGCUGUCUCAACGAUGCCUAAAUUCUGUAGCAGAAACUGCUGCUGAGAGUUGGACUCAGUUUCCCUUGCGACUAAGCUCGGAGUUGCUCGAAACAUGCUAUUCAUUCAAUAAAUAAAGAUACUUUAUCUCUAAGCAUAGAGGCAGACACUUAAGAGAAAACCUGUCUUAUUAAUUUGUCUAAAAUGAUUACCUGUUUAAUCACGCACUGAUAAUUAAAGGUGCUAGUUUUGCUUAUAGAAUUAUUGUGCCCACUGUGGUUAAUUUACAUCAAGGUUAAGGAGGAUGUUCAUUUCGGAUUCAAAAGAACACACGCUUACCAUUAAACAUGUCUGGUUAUUUUAAAAUAUUUUGCUCUUAUUACUGUUUGAUAGAAAUUUACACCCCAAAAUAUACAUUGUACAAAGUUUGGGAAUACGAACAAGAGAAGGGUGACUUUUGGAUGUCCACAUGGGAAAUGUAGGCUCACAAAUUAAAAGUGAUGUAGCUUUAGCUGUAUGUCGUAAAUCCUCUUCUGACUGGGUUAAAUGACUUUCCCCACCUUAACACAUUUUCUAUAUUGAGAACUUUCUCAGAGUUCUGCAGGCUCUGGGUCAUAUCUAUAAAUGUAUGUCAUGAAAUUAAUCUAAAGAGCAUUUGCUGAGAAUUUUUAAGCUCUGUAUUUAAGUGAAGUAUUUAGACAGAUGUUCGAAAUGGCUUUUUGUUCUUAUUUCAAAAUGAGGUCACUUAUACUUUCUUCCAAGUUUAGAUAGUUUACUGUGAUUUGAACGGGAAAAGUCUGAAACCUUUAUCAUGGUGUUGCCGCUGCAUGCAUGAGUAAUGAAAUGCUCACUCUUCUGCCUUCCUGAGGCUUAGAGUCUCAAGCAUGUGUCAGGUCAGACAGUGUUAACACCAAGCAUACUUAGGUGUGUGUGACAGCUCCUUUGUGAAUGAUGCCUACUGCCUCGCCUUUGCUCUCUGUCUCCAUGUAAGCGCUGGGUACCACAUUGCACACAUUUUGUUCUUAGUUACGUUACAAUGGAGGCCAAUGAAAAAUUGAAAUGUGACUGGGAACGCUGAUCUGUUCGUAUUGAAAUGUCGUUGUUGAGAGCACUGUCUUACUGUUCAUUGUAAAACUCUGGAUGCUGGAGCUUAUUUUGCCAGUGAUUUAGAGUAUUUGAAAAGUCAUGUGUGGUUUUAAUUUUGUAAUUGCUUUUGAUAAGCUUAAUUCACUUGGACAACUUUUGUAGCUGGCCUUAAUUUCUGGCCGUUUAAAAAUAUAUAUAAAUAUAUAUAUACACAGAUCUUAUGUAUUAUUGUAAAGUCUUACACAGCUCAUGGAUAUGCUUCUGUACACAUAACCCUGUGUAUGCUCUAUUCUCCAGUGCUGGGUUGAAAAUCGUGUUGAAAGCCUUUUAAAAUAUAUAUAUCUUUUAAAAGUAAUAUUCAGGAUGAUGAUGGAAAGUGUUUAUAUUGUCACGGUAACAAUGAUGGCAUAAUGCUGCCCGGUGUACUUAAUGAUUUCAUUAGGGAGGGGGAAGGGAACAUUUCAGUUCCAUUGGCUUUUUAAAAAUGAGUAUUUUGGGCUGUGGACAUAUUUUUUCAGGACCGUUUCCGUGAGCUCUUCCAUGCUAAGUCAUUUGACCGGAAGAUUUCAUUCUUUCUGUUUUUUUCACCUUGACAUCAUGAUUGUUGAGUACAGUGGCCAGGCCCAGAGUGACAGCUGACACUCAGGGUAAGUUUUAUCCACGGCUCGUCUCCCUUCAAACUGCCCGUUAAAUUCAGUGUUCACACACACGUUCUCUUUCAAGUAUGACAUAUGUAUUCAUGUGUGUGGGGGCCUCUAUGGUGCCACACACAUAGAGGUGAAACACUCACUCACUGUAAUACUUUCCAAAACGUGUUUUCUUACCAAAUAUGCUGUUUGUCCCCAUCCCUGCCCACCUCUUGCUCCGCUCUCUUAUGAGGUAGAUCAGUGACCGGUCUUGGUGUAAGUGGGCACAGGGGAGAGGGACACAGACUUCAUUGACAUCUAAGAGAGCAGGCAAGUCCCACCUCGAUGCGGUGGCGUUUGCGGCUGUAUGGCAGCAGGUGCUAGGAGAGUCCUAAAAGGCAGUCUCCCUCUGAGCACCUGACGCCUGUCUCCCUUCUCCUCCCGAGUGCUGUGAGUUCCCCAGCCCCUCGGGCCAGCUUGCCUUUCCUAGUGCUCUCCGCUCAGAGCUGGCUGUGAGGCUGGAUCAGCUGCUACUCUCCUAGAGUCAGGAUUAAGCUGCUGCCGACCCUUUCCUGUAGGGGAGCCAUAGGGUGGGGAAGGCAGAACUGUAGAAUGCUUAUCUUUGCCGAAAACAGUCGGCCCGCCCUGUGACAGAAUACAGCAAAUUGUAAUAAACUGUAACCCAGAACCAGAGCUACCUCUAAGUAGUGUUUCCUCAAGCACAAAGCUCUCAGGCACACGAGACCCACUUUAGGGGAGGGCCUCUGAUUUCUUGAGCAUCAGCGAGUUUCAGAAGUUACUGUCUUUUGUACUCUUCUAGUUUACUUAUAAUGACCGCCCCCACCUCCCCAUUCCACACUGUGCUUGAAUGACAAAGACUCUUCUGAGAAGCCAAAUUCUGCCCAGUUAUUCCCUGGAGAUAGUGUGCAUUCAAGAAUGACCUAGAACAGGUGGGAGAGAAGCGUGAGUUUCAGUUCUAACGGUCUUUUGAGUUAAUGAUUGUCUUCCAGAAAAAUGAUCUGAAGAGAGUGGUAUGGUAUUUUAAGUGCUUUUAUUUUUGUAAGUUGAAGGCACACAGUAGCGCCUUCUGUCGUUGCUCCCCUGGCUGUGGCUGCCGUGUGUCUGAUACGGCUUUGAAGUCGCUGCUCCUCGGCGUGGGGUCGAUGUUCUCCCUGUCUUCAAUGUUGGCUGCAGCUUUCUGUGACCCAACUCAGAUUUGCAGUGUAAUAACUUUUCACAAGCUGAAUUUUCAGAAAGAGUUGUUUCAGAUCCUGCCUCUUAUCUAUCUGGGAACAAACAUGUCUUUCCAAUCAUGAGAUUGACAAGUUAAAAAUAAAGCUAUUUCUUCAUGUA